AUGGCAACUGACGAGUGGGAACAGAACACUCUCAUAAAUGUGGCAAUGCCACUCACAAACCUCCCUCCGUACAACGAGCAGAACACCAAGAACUGGUUUCUGCAGUUGGAAGCCAUUUUCUCAGUACGGAGAAUAACGUCACAGCCAGCAAAAUUCGCCAACGUGGUACAAGUUUUGCCACCUUCAGUUGUCGAUGAAGUAGCCGACAUCUUGGAACAUGUACUCGAGCAGGAGCCAUAUACUCGCCUCAAGGAUGCGAUUCUGAAACGAACUGGCCGUUCGGACGAGGAACUGCUCCAGGAACUUUUUACCCACGUCACCAGGGGCGACAGAACACCCUCACAGCUUCUACGCUUCAUGAGGAGCCGACUGGGGAAACAUUCCAUGGCCAAAUCAAUCUUGCGCGAACUGUGGAUGGACAAGUUACCCACUACCAUAACGCAGAUAUUGGCACCAAUCGCUGACCACAUUCCACUGGACCAGUUAGCAAACUCCGCUGACCGCAUCGCAACUAAACUGGACCAAGGAGUGUGUGCCGUGCAGCGCCCAGACGACACACCUGCCAAAGAAACGGAUCUGGAAAAGGCAGUAGCUGACCUGCAACAUGAGCUGCAGGAUAUACGAAUGCUCCUUUCCCGCAAAUCGAGAGGCCCGAUGUCGGCGGUUGGCGACGGAGAGCUCGGAGUACCAGCAGGGAUCGACGAGUCGACCCGGAAUUAUGCUGGUACCAUCACAGAUUCGGCACCAGAGCAAGGAAUUGCUCGGCACCCUGCAAAUACAGCUCCAAAACCAAGUCGGAAAACUAAACAACCGGCGGGUAGAAUCGGCAGAACCCCCCCGGCAAAAACAUACGAAGCCGCCUUUUCUACGUAUGGGACCGACGGAACCACAUAA